UCAGUAUGUCCUAUAUAUUUACCCCGUAAAUUAUUGCAGGUAAAUAAACAUCCUGUAGGUAUAUGGUGUACUGAAAUUAUUUUGCAGGGCUGAGUUUAAUUUUAACCAUCGAGGGCUUUUAUACCGACAAGUCAGUUUUAAAUUACGACCUUUAUUUUGUGGGCUUCCAAGAACUUAUACUAAUUUUACAUUUUUGUUUGGCGAGAUAUAAAUGUCCUACAGAUUUUGAAUAGAGCGAUAAUUCCCAACGUCGUCAUACUCUUGGCAAGCGUUCAUCCCGAUUAAAAUUAUCGUUCACGGGAAAACCCGAAUAAACAACCGAUAAAAUUAAUUUAAUAACAAAGAGAAAUCAGUUAAAUAACGAACGCUUUUCUCACACCGGUCACUCUUGCACGACUAGUGCCACGCGUGAGGUCACGUCUUGCCCGUAUUUUAAUUAAUUCUUCGGGAUAGAUAUUUUAAAAGAAGUCUAGCCUCCAUUCAGAGUUUUUCUGGACGCUCUUAGAGCUUUCCCCGUUACCUAAACCGAUUCUAUUGCCGUAGGCACUGUGCCUAACUGUGUGUCUUCGAACGGAACGUGGAAAAGUUGAAGAUGCGUAUAAAGAGUUGCGCGUGCGUCGUUAGCGUGCUACUCGCGCUGUGUAUAACUGAUGCUGAUGGCGCUCCACCGGACCUUGAGACACUGACUACACCAACCGAGGACCUACUAUCUCCACCAGAAGUUGCAAUGUCCAGCAAGCCAGCCGAGCAAGUCACCACAAGUAAACCAAAACACAAGCUCGCUACACCAGCCGACCUGCCUCCACUAGUAAUCCCAAUGCCUAGCAAACCAGCCGAGCAAGUCAUCACGCGCAAGUCAGAAGACAAGCUGUGUCAACGCCGGCCGCUGACCGUAAAGUUCGCAGACCUCGGAUGGAGCGACUGGAUACUCGCACCUUAUGACUACGAUGCUGGCUACUGUUCCGGCGACUGUCUACCAGAGAAACUCCCGAACACGACCAACCACGCGAUCGUCCAAGCACUUUUGAAUAAACUACAGAACGCUGCACCGAAGCCGUGUUGCGUGCCGACCGAGCUUGAGCCUGUUGCUUUGUUAUAUCUUUCGGAGGAAAGCAAUGUGGUGCUUAGAAAUCAUUCUAACAUGAAGGUGAAGAGUUGUGGAUGCCGAUAAACGUUAUUGUUACAAGCUCGGACGGACGGGCCUUACGGGCACUAAGAAUGGUGCUAGUUCAGUGGUGUCACUCACGAAUUCGAGCCAAUUCGCAACUAGUUGCGACCAAUCGCGUACUUUAUGCGAACUCAUCAACCAAUCGCGUUGUGGCGUUAGACUGCACGAUUGGCUCGGAAGGCCUACCGGUAAAGACGUUCGACGUGUUGCCUCCCUGUCACACUUACCUACGGAUUUACAAGUGUGACAGAGAGGAAACACGUCGAACGUGGUUCAUGGUAGGUCCUCGGAUUCGUGUGCGUGACAGUCAUGACACCGCUAUACUGGCCCCAUUCUUAGUGCCCGUAAGGCCCGUUCUACUGUAAUUAAAAUAUAUUUUAUCUACCAUAAUAGCCAUAAUAGGUAAUAGUUCAGUGUUAUCUACACACAUAUCAUAAACCCUCUAUGAUGAUUUCAAAGUCCACAAAUGAUAGCUAGCAUUAAGAUAAACUGUUUUGUUACAGCUAAUUUCUUAUCUGUGAAAAUGUUAUUAUUUAUUAUACAAAGUUAUUUUAAAAUCUAUAUGAAUACACGCAGCUUAUAGCUGAUACGCGCACAUCAAUGUCGUAAUUGUAUUUUGUCCAUUUAUAAAAAAAAUGUCAAGUCUGUUUUUAAAAGAGUUUACUGAAGGUACAGCUAGGUGCACCAAAGAGGAGUAGGUAUACAUACAUAUGUAUGUAUGUAUGUAUAUCACUUUAUUGCACAUAAACAGGUUAACAUAAAACAGACAAAACACAAAAAAAAAUGUACAAAGGCGAACUUAUCCCUAAAAGGGAUCUCUUCCAGCUAACCUUUGAGAAAAUGCGAAAGGAUCAAACAUUAUACAGGUGAAAGACAAAUCAAUAUGAACAUAUAUGAGAAUUUCGGAUACGCAUAAAAGUAGGACGAGAGCAAUAAAUAAUAACAUAAUAAUAAAAUAAAAUGCACUGAUUAAUUAUUCGGGCAAACUGUAUUAUUACUUCAUUACCUUCAUUACCUACUUUAUCAAAAUCGAUUUGUUAAUGACAUUCAAAUUUCGAACAUCUCUGAAAUAUCAAAUAUCAAACAUUUAUUCAGCAAAUAGGCCACAGGGGCACUUUUACAUGUCCAUUUUUACAAACAAUAAAUUAAAAAAAAAAAACAAUUACAAAUAUCGAAUCUAUGAAAUAAUAAACGAAUAUUAUCGAAUCUAUAAAAAAAGAAAUUAUUGGGCCUCUAUUCUGUUUAUUCUAAUAUCAGUCGAGAUGAUAUUUUAUUUCAAUUGUGACAAUUCUCGCAUGUUCGUUGGUAUCGAACGAUAAGGCAUUAAGGAGCGUGCAUGAACUGUAGGGGGCAGCACAAGAGCCCUCUGUUUAUUGGCGCGAAAUGUAAAUGUCAAUUUUAAGUUAAUAAUUUACGCCACAAGAUGGCAGAACCUACAACGAGCAUGGUAGCGUGUGUGAACUGUAGGGGGCAACACCUGAUUUAACGUGAAGUGUCAAUGUCAAGUUUAUUUCCGAUUUAGGCCACAAGAUGGCAGAUCCUCCAACGAGCAUGGUCCUUAUCGCCCCCGACUUUAUGAAUUAAAAAAACUACGGAUGCGUGACAUGCCUGAAAAAAGUUUCAUUUCCGCCAUUUGACGUACAGUUAAUUUUAUAAGGGUUAAAUAUCUUGGUCAUAUGCUCACCAGUAACCUGAGCGAUGACCCGGAUAUGGAGAGGGAGAGGAGAGCGAUGGCUGUACGGGGCAACAUGAUCGCCCGCAGAUUCGCACGUUGUAGUAACGAAGUCAAAUUGACGCUUUUCAAGGCCUACUGUCAGACGUUCUACACGUGUAGUCUGUGGGUGAGAUUUACACAGAGAGCCUACAACUCAAUUCGCGUGCAAUAUAACAACAUCCUCAGAAUGUUGUUGCGGCUGCCGAGACAUAACAGUGCAUCCAGAAUGUUUGCUGAGGCGCGUAUCGAUGACUUUUUCGCCAUCAGGAGAAAAAGAGUUGGAUCACUGCUGAAUCGUGUGCGGGGCAGCAGCAACGGCCUUCUAAGGGAGUUGGCAGAGCGCCUCGACUCUCCUCUCACUCGCUACUGGGUGGAAGUGGCGAUUGGCAGGGCCAAGUAGAGCAGGUUCUCUGCCCUGCUUGUCCCUGGCAAUACUUGUACCAUUUAUACGAGUAUAUUUUUUAUUUUAUUUUUUGCUUUUGUUUUUGUACUGUGCCACUAACAUAGUUAUUAACAUACUCUGUAACUAACCCUAUAUGGAUCAACCUGGUCUGAAAUAAAUGUUUUUAUUAUUAUAUUAUUAUUUAUUAUAAGUAUUAAAUUAAUAUGUUUUGUUCUAAAACUAAAUAUUAUAAUUUAUUUCGAGAACGCCACCUCAUAUCCGCGAGUGUCACCAGAGAGCAACGAUGCCCCAAUGCCGGUUGUAACACGUGGUUAGUGAAUACAUCAUAGAGAGUUUACCUUUGGUUUACCUUAACUGAUAGAUUUAAGCCUCACUAUACUCUUUGGACUUAAAGUAACCAUUAAAAAUAAAAUAAACUGUACCUAUCUGUGGUAAGCCAUCUUUCUUGUCAAAUGUCAAAUUUGAACCCAUAUUAUGUUAUUUUGUUCAUAUCUUGCUAAUUAAAUUAAAAUGGUUAAAUUGAAAACAUUAUUAUAAAUGUGUAAGCC